AGCAGAAGAUGUUCCUUUUUAAACCAAAACACAGCAAUGUUAAUGUAGCCUUAGCAGAUUUGUUUCUUUCUCUCUCUCUUAUCUAUCACCUUUGUGUUGCCAGAUCAAAUGGAGUAUACAACGUACACCUCUCCACUGGAUAACGCGUCCCACUCCUCCUCUGUUCCUCCACUCUGCCCCACCGCCGCCACGCUCUUCUUCCUCCCAUCCGUCUACACCCUCCUCUUCCUCACUGCUCUCCCGGGCAACGCGCUGUCUUUGUGGGUGUUCCUGCGGUGCAUCUCCGCAGCCUCCCCCAUCCACGUCUACCUGUCCCACCUGAGCAUCUCCAACGUGAUGCUGUCCCUCACCGCGCCCUUCCUCGCAGCCUACUACGCCCGUGGCUCUGUCUGGACGCAGAGCAGCGUCCCGUGUCAGCUGGUGCUGCACGGCGUCACCCCGGUGCUCCACAUCAACAUCUACAUCAGCAUCAUGAUCCUCACGUGGUUGGCCCUUAGCCGCUUCGCGGCGCUCAUCCAGCACACGCACGCGUCGCGGCCGAGCAGCUGUGCCACGCUGCUGCCCCACAGCUUCUUCGCCUGUCUCAAGCGGACUUCCUUCGCCAGCAGGGUUUGUACCGCGGUGUGGGUGGUGGCGGUCGGCGGCAUCGUGCCUGUGACAGUUUACUACUCGGUGAACGAAGCCAUGAGCGGCGACGCUGCUGCAAAGGGCGGAUGUGGCGAGGUGUGCUACAACCCUGCGGUGGAGAUAGGGGGCGUACGCUCCGCGACUGUCGCCGUGCCCGUCAUAACCCUGUUCUUCGUGUUUUACCUGCUGGUACUGCUGUCCUACAUGACGGUGUUGAGGCAUAUCCGGCGCUCUCGUCGCAGCACAAGUGUCCCCACCUCCCAAUGCAUGCUGGGAAGGGUGUUCCGAAACAUCGCCGUCAUCCAGAUUGUUCUUUCAGUUUGUCUGCUGCCAUACCACAUCUUCAAACCCAUCUUCAUUUAUGUGGCUCAUUACCAACAUCAGCUGAAGUAUUCACCCGGCCCCAACACCUGCAACCACUGUCAUCCACUCUCCACCUUCGUCGAGCUGAAGAACUGCCUGCUGCUUCUGGCUGCACUGAGAGGUUCAACUGACCCUUUGAUGUACUUCCUGUUGGACAAGACCUUCCGCCAUCAAACCCUCAGACUUUUAAGGUGCAAAGAGAACAACCCUGAAAGCAGACAGAUGUGUUCGGUUACAGGAAGUGGCAAUCAGAAUGCUGCACAGUUGGUGGAUGGGAAUGCGGCCACCACUACGGCGGGUUUAAGCCAAGGAAGUGUUUUGUAACACGGCAAAUCUUUUUGAAAGAAACCUGACAAUGUGCUGCCGUUGCGGUGGCCUAGCUGUUGAUGAAUUCGAAAUAUUAGGGCCUGUCAAUCAUUUUUUAACCGCGAUUAAUCUCAUGAGUGUCCUAGUUAACUCGCGAUUAAUCGCAUAUUUUUUAAUCUGUUCUUAA